UGGCAUGUGCAGUUAUUUCAUGAGAUCGGCCUUAUUGUUUCACUGUUUUACGUAUUUAAAACGCCAUUUUGUCGAUAUUCAUGUGUUUUUGUGUUAAUUUUCUAUCGUGUCUCGUGUUUUUAUCACUGGGUUUUAAAAUUUGAAUAACGAAUGAUGUUUUGCGUUCAAGAAGCCGAACAUUCUGAUCCCUUCGCAAACGCAGAGAACGACCCUCUCAGCAACACAACACAAUCGGAGUCCAGCGAUGAAGAACCAGCAGCCAAGCGUCACAAAGCCUUCGGCAACUCAUCCUUCGACUUACAAGUCUACCAAAUCCCAGCUUUCAACACCCCAAAGUCCUUAUCUAUAUUCCCUUCCACACCAACGUCUACGCUGCCAAAGUUCGUCAACAAUCCGUUAAACUUAGCCAAUCCAUUAUCUCUAACGAACACUGCAAUAAAAAACAGUAACAGUAUUGUCAAGAAUCUCCACUCGAGGUAUUCUUUGCCAGCGAAGUUGACUANAUUGACUAUUACUCCGGUGACGACACCAAGUAAGAAUGAAUCGGGAGAAGUGGUCAGGUAUAAGAAGAAUGGAGAGGUGGCUAAGAAGAGAGGGCCUCCGAAAGGGUACAAGAGGAAACCGAAGGGCCCUAUGUUUGAUGCGAGCGCCCUUUUACAGAAUACGGCUUUGCUACAAGCCCACAAUAAGAUCCUCACGAGCCUGCUAGCAGCGUCCCAUAGUUCCAUGAGCAUGGCGUCAGGCCCGUCGGUCUCCAUGCCGCCGCCGCCGCCGCCGCCGCAGGUUAAAGUGCCUGAAGGUCACGAGCUGGUGGAGAUGCAGUUGGACCCGGCCGACUGGUUUCCGGCGGAGCCCUACCGCAUGGUGUUCAGUCGCAAGAAGAAUCCCAAGUGGAAGAACUUUCCCUACAGAUGCGAGCACUGUUUUAAGGGCUACCGCGUAGUGUCAACUCUUCUCACACACGCCGCAGAGCGCCACGGUUGCGUGCCCAAAGACAUGGCCAUCCCGUGUCCUUGCUGCCCGCACGUGUCCACGCGGCGGAAGCAGCACAAGAAACAUUUAGAGACCCACGAGGGACGCCGCAGGAGAAUAUUCUGCCUCUACUGUCUGCCUCCAAACGACCCAUCAGAGCCGUACGUGAAAGAAUCGGUCAAAUAUCCAUUCGACAAGUUCCCCCAAUAUUGGUACGCUUCAGAAGAAUCCCUACGCCUCCACAAGAAGAGAAAACAUCCCUACGCUGCGAUGUUCAACUACAACUGGUUUGGUACCUGGGGAGACUCCAUGCCAAACAGUUAAAAGUAAAAACCCAGGUAAUAGUAGUUUUAGUAGUUUUCCCAGCGGUGAAACUGGCAACACUGGGUGUUUACGCGUUUCGCACCGCGGUGUGAAACGCUCAGUUAUUAUUGAACGGGUUUUUUCGUAUGUGCGGUGCGAAUGGUCAAAGGAUAAUUUGUAGUGGGUCGAUUCGGUCAGAUACUUAAUGGAACUCCAAAAAACAUAACCCUCCUUCUGGCGUAGUCCCGUAAAAAGGACUGUUUUUGCAUAUUACAGUCCGAAUUGACCCAUUACAAAAAUUUCACGGGCGGUUCACACCGCGAAAGGUCACACCGCGGUCCGAAUCAGUCGUGGUGCGAAACGCGUAAGACCCACUGCCGUAUUUUUGCAUUGGUAUCUUUGUAUAGUAAGUUUUAGCUGAUCGAUUGUAAGUUAUUUUUAUGAUUGGAUUUUAAUUGGAAAAGAUGUAAUUUUUAACUGAUUUAAUUUGUAAGUCCAUUUGAAAUUAAAUUAUACUCAAAUGUAUGCAUGGGAAUAAAAUUUUGACUAUGGUAAGAUAAAAGACAUUCUGUAUAUGUAGGUACUCGAAAACGUAGGGUCUUCUAGCGGAAAUAACUAAAUAAUAAAUAUUUACCACCGAUCACUAAAGUUGAUGAUUGCCAUAACGAUCGACUUGCAUCCUAAAUGUUAUUAAAAAUAAAAAUAUAAUUUGAAAAUUAUGCUAUAAUUUUUCCGGGGUUAUUCCCAUUUACCCCCGUGGGGGUGGCAACUGGGAAUUAAUUUACAAAAAUGUCCCACUCUCCCCCGCUUGUGAAAAAAUAAUUAUACAUGGUUAUGGUACAAUAAAAAAUAUAACACAAAGUAGCGUCUAUACGUCAUUGCAGACUUAUCAACUCGGAAAGGGAUCAACGCCGUAUCGCCUUUCGCGAGCUGUCAUCGCCUUUC